AUGGGGGCCCAGCUCACUUCCCUGGCUGAUGCCAAGGCACCCCAGGAGACACUUCGCUUCCACGCUGAGGCCAAGGGCAUGCAGGUGCAUCUAGACGCCCAGCGGUGCACUGCGCGCAGGAACGCCACGUUCCACGACGGCAUCGUGUUCAGCCAGCGGCCAGUGCUCCCGGGCGAGCGGGUGGUGCUCCGCGUGGUGUGGCACGAGGGAGGCUGGUACGGCGGGCUCCGCGUGGGCUUCACGCGCCUGGACCCCGCGCAGGUGUCCGCGCCCAGCCUGCCGCCCUUCGUGUGCCCGGACCUGGAGCUGCAGAGCCCGACGUGGGCGGCCAUGGUGCCCGAGGGCUGCGCGCUGGCGGGGGACGUGGUCUGCUUCUGGGUGAGCCGCAGGGGCCGACUCUUCGUCAGGGUCAACGGGGGCCGCCGGCUCCUGCUGCGCAAGGACGUGCUCAUGGGCGCCCCGCUCUGGGCCGUGAUGGACGUGUACGGGACCACCAAGGCCAUCGCGCUACUGGAUCCCACAGCCCGUGCCUUCCCCUCAACCGUGCCGGGGGCCUUCAGUGACCAGGCUCUGCAGCCCGAAGACACGACAGGAGAGGAGUGUGCCGUCUGCUUCCACCACACCGCCAACACCUACCUUGUUCCCUGCGGCCACACACAUCUGUGCAGCUCCUGUGCCUUGCGGAUCUUCAGGGACUUGGCCUCGUGCCCUGUAUGUCGCCGGGAGAUCAAGGCGGUGAUCCCAGUGCGGGGCCCUCCUACGCUGAGGACUGAGGAAGGCCACCUGAUACAGAUGGCAAAUUGAAUCUAGCUCUGAGCCUGGGGGUCUCCAGAGAGAAGAGGUGCAGCCCCGCCUUGGUUCUGGAGAAGAGUCAGAAAAGCCUGUCCUCAAGAAGAGAUGGCGGCAGGAGGGCAAUGACUCUUCCGUCUUCCCCAGUAGGUUGGGGUCAGUGGGGCAAGGAGGAGCCCCCUUUUCUGCCCACACCAGAACGAUCUUCCUAGGGGGUUUCUCUAGAAAGUGGUUCAGCAGUGGGCCAGCAGGCUUCUGAUCCCUUCCCACUGCUUAGCUUCACGUUCGUUUGUGCCCAGGGCUUUCCUAGGCUUUUGACUGGCCACCUGGUACAGCCACCGUAGACCUAGCAAUCCUGGUACAUGUAGGUCACAUCAACGAGAAGGGACUUUGCACAGAGAUGGGACAGUAUGAUUCUUCGCUUUAUAGCUGGGGAAGUUAAGGUAACUGCAUGUAUCUGGUGAAAUCCCAGCCCGUCCCUGGGUAUUGAGAAGCCUGGACCAGCCAUAGAGAGGCAUCUGAGUGGAAUGUUUACAAUCCUGUGUGGAAGCUGGGUCACCUCUGACGUGUCUUCCAUAAAAUGGAUAGUAGUUACUCGCCGGCCUGCCUUGCAGGGUGAUUGUGAGGUUCCAGUGAGAUCACAUAGCUGAAGAUGUUUCUGCACGUGAGACUACGCUGUUGUUGCUAUGCUUAUUUCCUUGCCAAAU